AUGUUGUACCGCUUACGUAAAUAUGGUUUUUCCGCAAAGAUUCUUGAGGCCGGUGAUGGUAUUGGUGGUACAUGGUAUUGGAAUCGUUAUCCAGGUGCACGUUGUGACAUUGAAAGUAUGCAGUACUCCUAUUCAUUCUCAGAAGAAUUACAACAAGAAUGGAAAUGGUCGGAAAUAUUUUCAUCUCAGUCAGAGAUCUUGCGUUAUCUCAAUUAUGUUGUUGAUAAAUUUGAUCUUCGUAAGGAUAUUCAACUCGGUACUCGAGUGGAUACAGUCUAUUUCGAUGAGGCGCAUUCACGUUGGGAAGUACAAACAAAUCGAGAAGAUAGACUUUUCGCCAAUUUUUGCAUAAUGGCCACUGGUUGUCUCUCAACAGCUCGCGUUCCACAAAUCAAAGGACUUGAUAUUUUCAACGGUCAACACUAUCAUACAGGUCGAUGGCCACAUAUGAAUAUUUGCUUUAAUGGACGUCGUGUGGCCGUCAUUGGCACCGGCUCCUCUGGCAUACAAUCGAUUCCAGUCAUUGCUGAACAAGCAGAUCAUGUCUUUGUAUUUCAACGAACACCAAAUUUCAGUAUUCCAUCUCGCAAUGGACUUCUCAAAGCCGAAUAUGAACAAUGGUGGAAAUCGAAUUAUGCAGAGUAUCGGCGGCAGAUCUCCGAAGCACCCUUUGGAUUCAUACUCAAAGACAAAAAGAAUAUUUCAGCAAUGACUGUAACGCCAGAGGAACGCCAACAUGAGUUGGAGAGAAGUUGGCAAAAUGGUGGUCUUGAUUUUUUAUUGAGUUUCAAUGAUCUCUUUAUCAACAAGGAAUCCAAUGAUGCAGCAGCUGAAUUCGUACGCACUAAGAUCCGUGAAACUGUCAAAAAUCCCGAGGUAGCUGAGGUUUUGAUUCCACAGAAUUAUCCGAUAGGUACCAAGCGUCUGUGUGUCGACACCAACUACUUUCAGGCUUUUAAUCGCGACAAUGUCACGUUAGUUGAUCUUCGAAACGGACCGAUCGAUGAAAUAACACCCAAUGGCAUUCGUAUCAAAGAGAAAGUCUACGAAGUGGAUGAUAUUGUGUUUGCGACAGGAUUUGAUGCGAUGACUGGAGCUUUGCUUCAAAUUGAUAUUCAUGGUCGUUCUGGCAAAACACUUCAAGACAAAUGGGCAGAAGGUCCUCGCACCUAUCUCGGUUUGAUGAUGGCCGAUUUUCCGAAUCUCUUCAUCAUCACUGGUCCUGGUAGCCCAUCGGUACUAACGAAUAUGCUUCCUUCUAUUGAGCAACAUGUCGAUUGGAUAGUCGAAUGUCUCAACUAUCUUCGUAUGCAUCAUUACGAUACGAUCGAACCGCAAGUAGAAGCAGAAAAUGCAUGGGUUCUUCAUGUUAAUGAAAUCGCCAAUGCAACGCUCUUUCCUCUGGCUAACUCAUGGUACGUUGGAGCGAAUAUCGAUGGUAAACCCAGAGUCUUUAUGCCAUAUGCAGGCGCACGAAUUGGAAUUCAAAUACGGGUUGCACUUUCAUCUCUUAUUUAUAAAAGAUUAGUAUCGUUGCCAACAAGAGCAAUUAUCAAAACAACAACAACAGGUCAAAUGGUGAAUUUAAUUUCAACUGAUGUCAGUAAAUUUGAAGAACUAUACAAAUUUAUUCAUCAUUUAUGGGCGACACCAGUCGAAGUACUUAUUGUCUUUGGUAUAAUUUGGAACGAAAUUGGUAUUCCGACCUUCAUUUGUUUAAUAACUGAUUUACAAUCAUUCCCAGCUGGUGAUUCAACAGUCAUAGGAGAAAAAGAAGUAAAUUUGAGUGGAGGACAAAAAGCUCGUGUCUCACUUGCUCGAACUUUAUACACCGACGCUGAUAUUUAUUUGUUUGAUGAUCCACUAGCAGCUGUUGAUUCUACAGUUGCUAGAAAAAUUUUCCAACAAUGCAUUAGUAAUGAAAGUAUGUUAAAUGAUAAAACACGCUUAUUAGUUACACAUCAAAUACAAUUUUUAUCCGAAUUUGAUCAUUGUAUUUUAUUAGAUCAUGGUCAAAUAGAGAAACAAGGUUUAUUUCAUGAAUUACUAACAAUAGCUAAAGUUAAGCAAUGCUACGAAAAUCAUCUAAAACAUACAAACGAAACAGGAAAAAGUCGUAGACAAAAUCAUAAUAAUGUUUGUGAUGAUGAUGAUGAUGAUGAUUCUAUGAAGCCAUCGGAAACUGUUAAUAAAAGUAGUAUUGUCAUAGAAGAAACAUCUAUUGGCGGAAAAGUUAGUACCUAUGUUUGGUUUAAAUUAUUUACUGCUAGUUAUGGCUGGGCUGAAUGCAUAUUAUUGAUUUUUUUAAUGUUGUUGGGUCAAGAUCUUUAUGAUGUAACUAACAAAUGGUUAAGUAUAUGGUUAUCAAAGUUGGAAGUAGAGCAACGCAAAAGUUAG